AGAAACUUAUCCACUUCUGAAAGACUGCGAGCUCCUAUUCUGGAUGCUUUACGGCCAGAUCGGUCUUCUUCCACACAUUUUGGACUCCCAAGGGCUUUGGAGGAAGUGCGGAAAAUCCAACCAAGAAAAACUUUGUUCACUGGUAUGAUGCAUCUGAUGGAUCAUGAAAAGGUGAACGAUUAUCUUUCAAAAUUGAAGGAAACAGAGGGUCUUGAUGUACAACUGAGCUAUGAUGGACUUCGUGUACCAGUAACGUUCUAGCCGCAAAAUGACAUCACAUUUGCAUAUUGUUUUCAAUUUCUAGUUGAUCUUUCAUGAGCCCUGCAUUAUCAAUUUCAAUUGCCACUCAUUCUACCGAACUUUUUCUGUGGUUAUAUCUUGCAAUCAUCUUGAUUUUCCCUGAUGCCAUUCACCUAAAAAGAGUAGUGACAUACAUGUUACCAUUGCCAUUUUCAUUUUAUACUACUGUAUGAUGUAGUGCUAUUUUGAUGUUGCUUUAGUGCCUAUGAAAUUUCGGAAAUUGGCUGAAACGAUGAAAA